AGGGACCGCAGACACGCCUGGCACCCUUUGUGGCAGAAGUAUUGCUUUGUAUGUGGAACGAUGGAAGCACUGUCUACUGCAACGAGCCACAUUUAGUUUUUCGAAAUGCCGCAAAACCAAAAUAACCCUCGCCGCUUCGUGGUUGCAACGCGGGCGAAGCCGCAUUUAUCGGGGUUCCGUGGGAGCGGUGACGUGCGCCAGCUCAAGUGACCCUCAUUUGCAACGACGAGGUAAGAGCGUGAACUGUCACUUGGUUAAUCUCCACCCGCUUGAUUUUUUUGCAGAAGCCAAGUUGGCUUAUUUUUGAUUCGGUCGCGUUUGUCCGUAGUUGUCCCAUUCAUUAAGACAUAAAGCACUCGCCCAUUCGGUGCCCUCCUGUUCCGCCAAACUGACCCCGGAAGUCUCGGCUGACCGGCACGUUCGGGGUAGCGAAGCUGCCUGCAGUCACGUGUUCGCCCUGCGACAUUCUGACGCAGUUACGGUCGUAUUUCAAGUAAUUAGCCCCUGAAUUGGGCCACUUGUUCAAAUCUCCAGAAACUUCCACGACGAAUAUCCUGGUACCAGACCAGGAAAUCAACUCGAGGGCUCCUUCCCUCGCCAGAUACUAUUCCUCAACACAUCGAACGCUGCGUUGCCAGUAUGGAAUCCGUUGUGCUCCGAGCCAUCUGGCUCACCGUCCUCAUAGGCGGAAUGCUGCCUUGCAUCGCAUCCGAGAUAACUGAACCAACGAUGACCACAAAUCCGGAUUUCACGGUCACGAUCCCCAAAGGCGGACUUCCUCAGGAUGUCGAGGAAGUCUUUUUUCUCCAGCCGUCUCAGAUCCUUCGUGUCAUUGACGAAACGACCAAAGCCGUCUACAUGCCCCAGAAGAACACUGAGUCUGAAAGGUCUUCUCAGGAAACCCGCGCUACCCCGGAAGCUCCUUCGACAGAAAUCUACAGCACCGCGUACGCAUUCGUCAAUGGGGAGUGCGACUUCAAAAAGGAGAUCGAGUACAAGGAAGCGUUUCUCGGGUACGCGACGCCAUUGUGGGUUCGUACUGCUUCGGGUGCACCGGAGGCGAGAGGAUCCUCGUCGGCGGCGGUUGUGACUUACACAUUGACGAACCCUCCUGCAGCGUAUUUGAGCCAGUCUGUGAGUUUCUGCGUGAGAUUCAAGACAUCCCUAGCUUCAGGAACAAGCUCGCCUACCACUACAUCAACCACUGCGACGACGUCAUUAGAAGACGUGUCAAAACCUCCCGCGUCAACACCAGUGAAUCCUGAUUCCCCUCCGACUCCCCCACAAUCAUCCGAUGAUCAAGACACUGGUGAUGAGGCUCCAGAAGAAAACCCUGAUGAAGGAGAAGAGCCCCAAUCACACAGCGGAACAAGCGGAACAGUUACUGUGCCCACCACCCCGAGUUCGGGGUUGACGUCACCUGGGGCGUCAGGGCAGUCCACAGACUCGUCAGGGACUGGUAAAGCAGAUGGCACCACGACACCUCCCACAAUACAAAACGAAGAGAGCAUGGGAGGUUCGGUUACAUCACCCGAAAACACAAUCAGAGGUGAACCUACAGUGUCAGAGCCUACAAACACAGAACCUUCCCAGAAUAGCGUGACACCGUCUAGCAAGCCAGGCCAUCUCCAGGAUGGUGUCCACGAUAACAAGGUUACUGAAUUCGAAGACUCCAAGCCACAAAAUGAGAAAGCAAAUGAACAUGAGAGUGAGCUCGCCGGACGUGGGUCUGGGGGAUCUUUUACUGCAGAGCAAGACGAACACGGACACGAAGACGUCGUCAGUGGGCCGAAAGACACAGCUGCUACUGAGGCACUCGGAAAAGUGGAGAACGUAGAAAGUGCUGAGCAGCAGGAGGGAAAACAGAGCAACAAAGGUGCUCUUGCUUCUGGGACCCCUACAGCAGAUGAAAAGGCGCCCGUGAGGCGGCUGUCUGGAACAAGCACUACGAAAGAGGCAUACUUGACUAUCGUCGUACAUUCUUCUGCGUGGGGCUUGGUAGGCAGAGUGGGAGCAAUCUCGGUUUAUGUGCUGUUCAUUACAGCUGCCCUGUCGUUCACAGUCUAGUAAUGUGUGCCGCACACAGUGAUGCCGGUUUUGGAGCGCCAACGAAGAAUGCUAUACAAUGAAAAAGGCUAUAAUGUUGCAUCGUUGGCAGGUGCCGCGGAAUGAAUGGCUUGUAGUUACAACUGGUGACUGAUAAGGUACCUGUUUUUGUAGCUUCAUGUCAGCUUCAAGGCAAAACUUAUCACGAACGGACGACUGUUGCCAACACGGUAGACCCAUUCUUUGUGAAGGCACUGAAACGCAUCUGCCUUCUUCACGCUCCUGUUCGGGGUCGAAAAGAUGCUUUUCGUAUGGAUAUCAGUUACUUCUGGCUCAUACGCUCGUGUUGAUGAGACAUCAGUAGUUGCCGAUUCUGUGCUGACAGACUUAUUGCGAAGAUACGUGGAAAG